UUGAGCAUAAAAAUUAGUGUUUCGAAAGAAAUUCAGUAUAAAUUCCCUGUAUAAAAUACAAACAAAUCAUAUUUAAAAAAAUGUCCGACUGUGUACCAAUACACACGAUCCACAACGCCUUCGAUAUGCUUGGUGAUCCAAUACAUUUGCCAAUUACCAUCGGAAACGAGCAAUUCAUUAUCACCCAACAAGACCAACGUAGUGUUCUAGAUCGCAGAACAUGGUUUUUGAGUCGACCUGUUUACAACGCCAUUACACCAACCCCUCCUACUCAGUUUCUUCUUUGCUUCAACGAGCAGCAAAUUCUUCAACUGCUGCUGGCUAGCUUAACUGUUCGCCAACCCUUCCCAAUCGUACAACCACCUUGGGUGUUCCACUACGAGAAGCAAACCUCCACCGAUGAUCUUCCUUAUUUCGCACGCAAGAGCGAUACGAAGCGGAUGAUUGAUCGAUCUGACGCGGGGCCAGUGGUAAAACAUGUUCACUUCAUCGUCGAUCAAACCCAUCGACAGGACGCGGCAGUCAACACGAAUUCGUUGCCGACACCUCCCGAUGUGACAAUGGAAUGUGAUCCAGGGGAGGGUACAAGUGGAAACAUGGAUUCAAGUAUGGGACCUGAGAGCGCUUAUGAUCACAUCAAGAACCGGAAGAAACAAGUUAACUGGUUUUGGUGAAGGAUGUAAUGAAAUGUAUUUCCAUUCGAAAGAAAACCCUCAAUGAAAUACAAAUAUGUUAUA